UCGUCUAUGGGUCGCUCUGAUCUCAGUCUCAUUUGUCCUUCUCAGAGCUUUUCCUCGACGUAAAGGGACUCCGCCUCUGCCUCCCGGUCCUCGGCAGCUUCCCAUCAUUGGAAAUGCUUGAGAUGUACCGCGGUUGAAGUUGGGACCUUCGUUCGCGGCGUUGUCAAAUAAGUACGGCGAUAUCGUGUACCUCAACGUCCUUGGGCGGCAGAUCAUUACGCUCAAUGCUCUCUCCGACGCCUUAGAGCUGCUGGAUAAGAAGUCAGUCAACCUCUCUAGUUGUAACUAGGCUCGUAUUGGAUCAGUUCAUUCCUUUUUUCGUGUAUGGACGGAAAUGGCGUGAGAAUCGCCGCGUCUUUCAUCGUAUGUUCAACGCGGACGCCAUCGCACAAUGGCAUCCGGUGCAGUUGAAAAGUGAUCGAAAUCUACCGUGCCGACUCUCAGAGUCCCCGAAGGAGUUCCUCGCACACGUACACUAUGCAGGCACGGAGACAGGUUUGCGCGUCGCAUAUGGGGUAGAGCUCACAGGAGAAGAAGACGAUCGCCAGUACUUCGAGAUGGUACAGACGAUGCAGGAUAUCAGCAGGCCCUUGCUGCUCCCGGGUGCCCAUGUCAUGGAAGCCUUUCCAUUCUUGCGCUACCUACCCUCUUGGUCUGGAAUUAAGCGACUUGCGGAGGACACGAAAGAUGAGAUAGCGAAAACCACGAACAAGCUCUUCGCCAUCGCGACUACGGAUACGGAAACGGGCGUCAUCCGAGAAUCAAUGGUGACGCGAAUUCUCGCAGACAGUAACAUAGAGGAUGUGCACACGUCUGAAGUACGGGACAUGUGCCUGUACCUCACGGCAACAUCUUUCAUAGCGGGUGUUGAUACGACCAACGCUACCAUGGAAGCCUACUUCCUCACGAUGGCCAUGCAUCCUGACAUACAAACGAGCGCACAAGCAGAGCUCGAUGCUGUUAUAGGACCUGACCGGCUGCCCGAAUUCUCCGACUUGGCCUCUCUUCCGUCUCUCAAGGAAUUGUCAAGGAGACACUGCGAUGGCAUAUCAUCACACCGCUCGGCAUACCACACGUCGCGGAAGCGGAUGACGAGUAUAAUGGAUAUCACAUUCCUGCAGGAGCAUUGGUCAAUCAGAACCUGUGGGCCGUGUCAAGAAAUGCAAACGAGUAUCCCGACCCAGAAGCAUUCAACCCCGAACGCUAUUUGCCUAAGGAAGGCAGACGUUCAGCGACUGACCCAGUAGAGCUCGUCUUUGGCUUUGGACGGAGGAUAUGUCCGGGUCGCCACUUUGCGGAAGCGUCCUUGAUGAUUUACUGCGCAUCUGUACUGCACGUCUUCGAUAUUCAGCCGCCACCGGUGAAGAUGAAAUACAGGGCUUCGGAUGAUAUGAUCUCGCAUGUCCAAGGGUACAAGCAUGUAAUCGAGGGACGGAGGCCCCGGGUGGAGCGCCUCAUGAGCGGAUUAGCGACCUACUGAUGGAGCGACCCUGAUCAUGGGAGUUGUUGUGAAGUGUGCCUCAGGCCGACUGUAGACUGAACUUGUAACGAAGUCUCGAGAUGGAGGACACAGACGAAGUGCAUGCCAUCCUCUUCAGGUAGACCAGUAAAAUGGAACGACA